CGGCUAGGGUUUCAGUCGCGCGCCAGGGCUCCUCUAUAUACAGACGCCACCGCCUCGCGCUUCCCGACUACUUAGCGCUCGGAACCAGACGGGCGCUUGCUGCUGAGGAGGGCUCGCGUGUGCAUGCAGAGCCCCGUCCCGUUUGCUGGCUGGGCGGGGACGCUGCAGAGGGGGAGGCCUUUCGGGGAGCGUGGGCCAUCCAGAUUGUUCUGUGCCAGUCUGCUUGACUUUUGCCCCAGUCAGUGCCUUUGCUAUGGCAUCUGUGCCUUCAGCUGGCUGCCUCCUGGCCAAGAAUCAGUACUACAGAACUCGAUUGAAUUCUGAAUCCAGUGUUUCAUCAGGUGGUUCAUCCUUCUGUUCUGAUCCCGUGAACUUCUCAGACCAGGAUAAAGCCCAUCAUGGGUUACCUGAAUUAUUUGAUAAAUGCUGGUGGAUAAAAAACUUUUUCCAUUCUGAACCAUCUUCUUCUCCAAACAUGAAUGGAAAAACGUUAUCGACCAGCAGAUCACUUGGACAGCUGAAUGACAAAUCAGAUGUGUGACAGGCUGGAUCACAGAACCCGCCGUGGGAGCUGCCAUCUGAUGUGCCAAGACUACUUCUGCCCCUGCUUUCCCUGCCAGCUCGGGACCCAGCACCCUGUCUUACUGAGCCAGACACGCCCAUCUGUUCCAACAAAGACCCAGGGUCUGAAUUACUUGCCCCAAAGCUGCAGGCUUGACUGAAAGCAGCUUACAGAAGUGUUUCUGUCUUUAACACUCAAAUACCCAGUAUCCAAUGGGGUCUAAACCCAAAUAAAUCCGUUUUACCCUGUAUAAAGCUUAUACAAGGUAAACUCAUAAAUUGUUCGCCCUCUAUAACACUGAUAGAGACAUAUGCACAGCUGUUUGCCUCCCCCAGGUAUUAAUACAUACUCUGGGAUAAUUAAUAAGAAAAAAGUAAUUUUAUUAUAUACAAAAAGUAAAAUUUAAGUGGGUUCAAGUAGUAACAAAACAAAGUAAAUCACCAAGCAAAAUAAAAUGAAACAUGCAAAUCUAUGUCUAAUCAAACUAAAUACAAAUAAUCUCACCCUUAAAAAUGCUUCAGUAAGUUUUUUCCUCAACCUAACCACCUUCCAGGCCUGGGCACAAUUCUUUCCCCUGGUACAGCUCUUGUUCCAGCUCAAAUGGUAGCUAAAAAAUUCCUCAUAAUGGCUCUCCAUUUUGUUCUGUUCCAGCCAUUUAUAUAUCUUUUGCAUAAGGCAAAAAUCCUUUGUCCCUCUGUGGGUUCCCACACCCUCCUUCUUAAUAAAAAAAACACACCAAGUUAAAAAUAAAUUCCAGUUCGGGUGACAUAAUCACAUGUCACUGCAAAACUUCAUUACCCACUUGCCAGCACACAUGUAUACAAAAAAACUUACAGGUAAAACAAAGCCAUCUGCAGUCAAUUGUCCUGGUUAAUAAAAGUUAUCAAAAUUUCAAACCACAAUUAAUGGCCCAUACUUUGCAUAAUUACAAUAGGCCCUCAAAGUUAUAUUUCAUAUUUCUAGUUUUAAAUACAGAAGUGGUACAUUUAUACAAAUAAAAGAAUCACACUUAGUAAAUUAUAAGCUUUGUAAUAAUACCUUACAAAAAAGCUUUUUUGUAAAGCAUAUUCCAGUGACAUUAUAUUCACUCAUUAGCAUAUUUUUAUAAAAUCAUAAAAUAUAAAAGUGCAACGUCACAAUAUGUACAUGCCAAGUGACCUAAGCUGCAGGCAAAAAUAACUGCAGGUUGGAAUGUUGCAAGUACAGCCACAAAAACGGAUGAAAGACUGAAAGUUGGGCCUUAAAACUAUAAAUUGUUGCCUGCAGCCUGCUUCGCUUAAAGAUAGAAUUUAAAAAUCUUGCACCUUCAGCUGUAUAAUAAGAGUGCUAAGGGCAUUGUUGUAUGAUGACCAUAAAAAAGAUGCAACAAAGAAGCAUCGAAAUAAAUCCAUUUAGAUUUAUACCAUUGAACCCAUUUCAUCCCAUUGACCCUCACAAUAAAGGAUUCUACAAAAACAACAAGGAGUCUGGUGGCACCUUAAAGACUAACCGAUUUAUUUGGGCAUAAGCUUUCAUGAGUAAAAACCUCACUUCUUCGGAUGCAUAGCGAAUAAAGGAUUCUAUGCAGCUCCUUCCAGAGACCUUCAGUGCUGCUCUCGAAACAACAAGUGCAAUGUUCAGUCAGUUCACAAGGGUACACCUACACUGGGGGGGUAGGGGGUGGAGAGUCAGGGUCAAGCUGGAAGGUGUAUUAAUUCAGGUUAGUGAACCCAAGCCUCCUCUAGGCUUUAACUUGAGUUGCUAACCCAAGUUAAAAACUGAGUUGCUGUGUCUUCACUGUUAUUUUUAGCGAAACUCACUGUUACCACAGGUCUCUCAGCUAGGUUGUUGAGAUGAUUGCCUGAUGUAAUCUAUUUUGUUUAAAACUUUUUAAAAUUAUAUUACUUAAUGGCAAAUGAUUCAGUGUUUCGUAAAAGCAGAGAAAUGAAAGAAUAAUUUUAAUGGCAGAAUAUCCAAUGAAGUAGGUUCCUUUAAAAAGGUAUUGUUCCAUUAUAUUUGAAUCAGGUAAAUUUAAUGCUAGUUUGACUCCAGUUCAGAUCUGCAGUAUAUUUUAAGUGUAGGUGAAAUCUAGAAUUACUAUUUGAAUUACAACUAGCUGGAUUUGUUUGUGAAGGUCUAGUACUUAGCAGUGCAAUCAUAGCAAUACAACUGAAGUUUUGAACAUACAAAGCAGACUAAAUAUAAAUUAUACUUGGCAACUCCUUUUUAUUCCAUCAAAAUAAAAUUCCUGCCCACAAAAUGUAUGAUCUAUUUUUUAAAAAGUUUUUUUCAUUAUGUUCUUUUUUUUUUAUAAAUAUUUUUUUUCCAGGUGAAGCAUCGGUUGCUUCAUAUUUCACACUGAAUUUACCUAUUAAAAACCAAGGUGAAUGGAUGAGGUAAUAUCUUUUAUUGGACCAACUUCUGUUGGUGAGAGAGACAAGCUUUCGAGCUUACAUAGUAGAUUAUUGCUUUCUCUACUUAUUAGUUUCAGUUAUCAUAAUUUUUGUUCAUUUUCUGUCAAUUUUCUGUCAUAUAAUGUAUUUGGUGAGGGAGCUAUUUGUUCUGUGUAUCUAUUACUAUAUAGUGCAUGUAGCAUCAGUGGUAUUGGAAGGAGAUGGUUUUGUGCUUUCAACAUCAGGUUUUAAAUACCUAGACACCUUGGAAUUACAGUUUCAAAUCCUAGGAGGGUCAGAUGAGACCUUCAGGCUUCUGCGAUAAAUUUAAUUAGACUGUAACUCUGGUGUGGGGACUGUUAUUAAUUCUGUGUUCUUACAGCACCUACGUAUAAUGGGGAUCCUGAGUGCUACCGUAACACAAAUAAUAAUAUUGUCAUGCAUUAUACUACUGUGUCGAUCUUUCUAAUUAAACUGUUAAAAUGGUAGCCCUCUAUGUAGGCAUUAAAACUCCAUGGCACUUUUAAUAAGAGUAGUGUUUUGUCCUAGUGUCCUUGACCAAAAUUUCUGUCACCCAGCACAAAAUUGUGGGCAAUUUGUAAGAUGGCUAUAUUCUAUACAGUAUGUCAUAACCAAAUGUAUUUAUUGUUGUCACUGAUUUCUACCAUUUAUCUUAGUCUUUAAACUAAAAGUUAAUUUACUGUGUUUAAGACUGAAUGCUAAUUCAGUUGCCAAAUCUUGAGCUCCAUUGGAGUAAAGGCUCCUGUUCAUAAUAAAUUGAUGAAAAUUC